GAGAGCCUGCUCGGCUCCGGCGCCCUCGGGCAGGGCGCGGAGGGCAGCGCCUCGCUCUGGCUGCGGAGCCCCUUCUCCAGAUGCGGAAGCCAUGGAGCUGAGCUGCAGCGAAGUACCUCUUUAUGGGCAGAUGACAGUCUAUGUGACGUUUGGCAAAAAUGUCUAUCUCCCUAAGGAUGCCGAGUUUUACUUGAUUUAUAACGGAUCUCAUCAGAGACAUGUCGUGGUCGCAGAGCGCACGGAGGAUAAUGUUCUCCAGUCCAGCGUUCCAGGCCACAUGCUUCAGGAGACAGUGACAGUGUCUGCAUGCCUCUGCUCAGAAGGUUACUCCCCGGUGACCAUGGACUCCAGUUCAGUGACCUACGUGGACAACAUGGCCUGCAGGCUGGCCCGCCUGCUGGUCACCCAGGCUGACCGCCUCACUGCCAGCAGCCAUCAGACCUUGCUGACCCCAUUUGCCCUGACAGUGGGAGCCCUGCCUGCCUUGGAUGAGGAACUCGUACUGGCCCUGACCCAUCUGGAGUUGCCCCUUGGGUGGACUGUCUUGGGAAGUUCUUCACUUGAAGCGCCUCUUCCCAGAGAGUCUCUCCUACACCUGGCUGUGAGGUGGGGCCUGCCGAAGCUUUCCCAGUUCCUCCUGUGUCUCCCAGGGGGAGUGCGGGCCUUGGCUUUGCCCAAUGAAGAGGGUGCCACGCCAGUAGACUUGGCUUUAAAUGGUGGACACUCCAAGCUGCUUGAAGACAUCACAAAUUUCCAGGGCAGACGUUCCCCAGGCUUCUCCCGAGUGCAGCUCAGCGAAGAUGCCUUCCUGCAGUUCAUUCACUCGCCAGAAACGCUGACCCUGACGCUGAACCACACGGCCGAGCAUUUGUUGGAGGCAGAUAUCAAACUCUUCAGGAAGUACUUUUGGGAUAGAGCCUUUCUCAUCAAGACUCUUGAAGCGCAAGAAACCAGGCCAGCGGGAAGACUAGAUAUGCCCUCCAGUGCGGCAGAGCCUGAAGAAGAGAUUAAGAGUUUGGCGCCCAGCAGACCAUCACCUGAACAGGAGGAUGGGAAGGGUGCGAAAAGCCUGGCUCAACGGGAUGAACGUGAAGACCGGGACAGCCUAGAGUCGGAUCGCUCCUUUGACGUCCUCAAAAAAUCCAAGCAGCCCUGCACGCUCCGUGCUGCAGGCCGGCUCUCUGACAUGCUGAACGGCGGCGAUGAAGUCUACACUAACUGCAUGGUAAUAGAUCAGGUUGGCGAUCUGGAUAUUAACUGUAUCAACGUAGAGCAAAUCACUGCAGACACCUGCCCCGACUCCAUGGGUUCCGCGCUGGGCCCUGAGAGCUGCGAACACACCCCUGCUGCCGUGGCCAGCGCUGGCACGUGCCCGCUGGGUGAGAGCCAGGACCUGACAUCCAGCACUGAGGCCCAGCAGCCCUUCCCACCACCGUCGAGCUCACACACCUCCAACUUAACUCUUUCUUUUGGUCUUCACGGACUUGAAAAGGAACAAAGUCAUCUAAAGAAAAGAAGCUCCAGCCUCGAUGCUCUGGAUGCCGACAGCGAAGGGGAUGGGCCGCCGGAGCAGUCCCGCCCGUGUCACCCGCCAGCGUCUCAGAGUCCCUCGGGAACUGGGAUUCCUAGUGGGGACGAGCUAGACUCUUUUGAGACCAACACUGACCCAGAUUUUAACAUCGGCAGGACUGAGUCACUUUCUCUAUCAAGUAACCUGCAGUCAAAGGAAUCAUUGGUUUCUGGAGUUCGCUCACGUUCUUAUUCCUGCUCAUCGCCCAAACUUUCUUUAGGAAGAACUCGGUUGGUGCGCGAUUUCACAGUGUGCAAUUCAAGUGAAGAGCAGCAAAGAGCUUACAGCCUACCGGAGUCACCAGGAGAAAAAAGAAUUCCGGAAGAAGAAUGGGAUAAAUAUAUCAUUCCUGCCAAAUCAGAUUCUGAAAAGUACAAAGUGAGCCGAACUUUCAGCUUCAUCAUGAACAGGAUGACGAGCCCUCGGAAUAAAUCUAAGACAAAAAGCAAGGAUGCCAAAGACAAGGAGAAACUGAGUCGACACCAAUUUGUCCCUGGAACAUUCUCUGGGGUUCUACAGUGUUUGGUUUGUGACAAAACACUCCUGGGGAAAGAGUCGCUUCAGUGUUCCAACUGCAAUGCAAAUGUGCACAAAGGUUGUAGAGACGCCAUGCCCCCAUGUCCCAAGAAAUUCCAAGAAAAAUAUAACAAGAACAAACCACAGACCGUCCUUGGAAAUUCUUCAUUUAGAGACGUCCCACUGCCUGGUCUCUCCUUGCACCCUUCUUCCUCCAUGCCGAUUGGAUUGCCCCCCGGGAGGAAGGACGCUGUGGGGCAGGUCCAUUCAUUGUCCAGAAGCGUUCCGGGCACCACCUUGGACAGGAGGUCAGGGGCACCCCCGGAGGCCGAGACUGACGGGAACCCCUGGAGAAACAGGUCUCAUUCCGAUGAGCUUUUCCAGUCCAUGGGCUCGUCUCCCUCCACGGAUUCCUUCUUAAUGGAAGAUGUCAUGGAUUCUUCUCUGUGGAGUGACCUCAGCAGUGAUGCCCAGGAGUUCGAAGCAGAAUCUUGGAGUCUCGUGGUGGACCCCUCGUUUUGCAGUAGGCAGGACAAGGAUGUCAUCAAAAGGCAGGAUGUCAUUUUUGAGCUAAUGCAAACAGAAAUGCAUCACAUCCAGACCCUGCUCAUCAUGUCGGAGGUCUUCAGGAAAGGCAUGAAAGAGGAGCUGCAGCUUGACCACAGCACUGUGGAUAAAAUCUUCCCCUGUUUAGAUGAGUUACUCGAGAUCCAUAGGCAUUUCUUCUAUAGCAUGAAGGAGCGGAGGCAGGAGUCCUGUGCUGACAGCGACAGGAAUUUUGUCAUUAACCGAAUUGGAGAUAUUCUAGUACAACAGUUUUCAGAAGAAAAUGCAAAUAAGAUGAAGAAAAUAUAUGGAGAAUUCUGUAGCCAUCACAAAGAAGCUGUUAGCCUAUUUAAAGAACUCCAGCAGAAUAAGAAGUUUCAGAAUUUUAUUAAGCUCCGAAAUAGUAAUCUUUUGGCUCGACGUCGAGGAAUUCCAGAAUGCAUCCUGCUAGUGACGCAGCGCAUCACGAAGUACCCCGUGUUGGUGGAGAGGAUACUGCAGUACACAAAGGAGAAAACAGAAGAACAUAAAGACUUGUGCAAAGCUCUUUGCUUAAUUAAAGAUAUGAUUGCUGCAGUGGAUUUAAAAGUCAGCGAAUAUGAGAAAAACCAAAAAUGGCUCGAGAUCCUCAGUAGGAUGGAAAACAAAACCUCCACCAAGCUCAAGAACGGCCACGUGUUCAGGAAGCAGGCGCUGAUGAGCAAAGAGCGGACUCUGCUGUACGCCGGCCUUGUGUUUUGGAAAACCGCCACGGGCCGUUUCAAAGAUAUCCUAGCUCUACUUCUAACCGACGUGCUGCUCUUUUUACAAGAGAAAGACCAGAAAUACAUCUUCGCAGCAGUCGACCAGAAGCCAUCCGUUAUCUCCCUUCAGAAGCUCAUCGCUCGAGAAGUGGCUAAUGAGGAGAGAGGCAUGUUCCUCAUCAGUGCUUCUUCUGCCGGCCCUGAGAUGUACGAGAUUCACACCAACUCCAAGGAGGAACGAAAUAACUGGAUGAGACGGAUCCAGCAGGCCGUGGAGAGCUGCCCAGAAGAAGACGGGGGGAGGACAAGCGAGUCUGAUGAAGAGAGGCGGAAAGCUGAAGCCAGAGUGGCCAAAAUUCAGCAAUGUCAAGAAAUACUCUGUAAUCAAGACCAGCAAAUCUGUACGUAUUUGGAGGAGAAGCUGCACAUCUACGCUGAACUUGGAGAGCUGAGUGGGUUCGAGGAUGUCCACCUGGAGCCCCACCUCCUCAUCAAACCUGACCCGAGAGAGCCUCCCCAGGCCACCUCGCUACUGGCAGCAGCCCUGAAAGAAGCUGAGAGCCUGCAGACCGCGGUGAAGGCCGCCCAGGCGGGCGACGCGUGCCAGUCCUCCGAGGAGGCCAGCGGGGGGCCGGCCCCGGCAGACGCGCCCGCCUCUCAUGACGCGUCGGGACCGCCUGCUGCACCACUAGUCACGGAAGGGACAGGAGGAAGAGGCUGUUGGGAUGUGGAUUCCGGGACCCAGGGUGUGGGAGCUGACUUGGCGGUCUCUGACGCAGGGGAGAAGGUGGAUUAUAGAAGUUUUCCAGGUUCCUCACAGUCAGAGAUUAUACAAGCAAUACAGAAUUUAACCCGUCUCUUAUAUAGCCUUCAGGCCGCCUUGACCAUUCAGGACAGCCACAUUGAGAUCCACAGGCUGGUUCUGCAGCAGCAGGAGGGCCUGUCCCCUGGCCCCUCUUUGCGAGGCAGCCCUUUCCUGGACCAGGACAAGUCCCGCAACCUGGAGAAGCAGCGAGAGGAGCUGGCCAACAUCCCCAAGCUGCAGCACCAGUUCCAGCAGGACCAGCGGCGCUGGCAUCGCAGGUGCAACCUGCAGCGGAGGGAGCAGGAGGCCAGGGAGAGCCGGCUGCAGGAGCGUGAGAGGGAGUGCCAGUCGCAGGAGCAGCUGCUGCGGAAGAGCCGCGGGGAGCUGGACCAGCAGCUGCGGGACUACCAGCAGGACCUGCAGCGGCUGCGGGAGGGCCAGCGCCAGGUGGAGAGGGAGCGGGAGCGGGUGCGCGCCCAGCAGAGCCUGCUGUGCAGCUGGAAGCACUGCCGGCAGAGCAGCCUCCCCGCGGAGCUCCCUCCCGGAAGCACGGAGGUCAUGGAACUUAAUCGAUCCGAGAGUUUACAAAUUGAAAAUUCACUCUUCCUCAAUGACGCUUUAGCACAAAUGUCAUUUAACACUUUCAACAAACCAGCUCCAUCAGCCCUCCGCCAGGAUGCCACUUACCCCCUCGAUACAGCGAAUCCUGACUUGGCAAGGACUAGUACACCUCAAGUAGACCUCAAGACGGACAUUCCUCCGGCCUCGGGUGUCAACCAUGAACUGUGGACAGCCGCGGAGCCCUGCCACCGGACACCCCCUCUCCACCAAAGCAGCGAGGAUCCUUGUAAAAAUGAUCCGGACACCUCUGAGACUGAGCUCCCGACUCCUCCCGACUUGAAUCCACAAGGCCCUGAGCUGCAGACGUUUACAGCAGAAGCAAAGCUAAAUCUACAGACAGUGACCAGACAAAAUGGGGAAAACGGAGAUGGAGCCGAAGAAAAUAUUGUUUACCUCUAAAUGUGUUGUCAUUUUCCCAAACAAAACAGAACACUGGUGUUUUGGGGGGAGAUUUCUCUUCUUCCUUUCCUGAUGUGUGUGUGACGGUGUCCAAAUUGCUUUAAGAGUAAUAGUUAAUAUUUCAUGCAAGUUCCCCUUUGGGGCAUGAGUCUAAUAAUUAAAUUAUUGAAAGCAGCUCUGUUUGUAUAAUUGUUAACUUACCACACCUAAUUUCAGAUUUCUUGAGGAGAAAUUAAAUAAGCAGAAAUGUUUUCAAAGUUAUGACUCUAGACUAAAAUUCUAUAUUGCAUUUUCUACUGAGUCAUCUGGUUUUUUGAAAUGCUUUUUAAGACCCGGAUGAAGCAAUUUGAAUGAAAAGAGUGAUAUUCAGGAUGGGCAGACUUUCAUGAUCCCAGCAGCUGGUUGUGGAGAGUGGCGUCAGUGCCCCGCAGGCAGAGGAGGAAGUGGGAGAGGUCUUUCCUUGGUCAGUUCUCACUAGUUCCUCUUCGGAACAUCAAAGGGUUGCUCCUGGGGUCAUGGGUCACAGUCGCCAAGUGAAUCACCGUGCAACCAGUGUGCACUGUCUGGGCACUGUUCUGAGCAGGAGGCCACUACCACGGACCCAGCUGGGCUCUUUGACCUGAGCCGCAUGCUUUGCAGGUUCACGUUCUUAGUCUUAAUGCUGGGUUUUUUUCAAGCCACAUCCUUCAGGAGAGCACAGAGGCAAGGCCCCAGCACAGUCGAUUCCGAUGUAAAUAGUGAAACUGCAGUAGUGCCCUCACUUCUUUCAUCUGGCCCUGCCUCUGCCAGGCCUGGGAGCACCCACGACCACUCACGACAGGCAUCUCUGCCCUGCAGUUCUUCAAGGACAAAAUCUGCUCCCUCAGCAAAGCUUGCUGCCAGUUGUGUGAUUUUCCACAACGGAAAGCUGGCGCCUUCUGUCUUCAGAGUAGUAUGUGUCUCUGUGUGAGAAACAAACCAGAAAACAUUUUCUGCCUGUUCUUCAGAUACACUUGUACGUGUUUUGGUCAGUGUCAAUAAACAUCUUUUUACCUGUCAA